UAAAUCAUAUGUUGUAUUGUAGAUUUCAAGACGGCCACAAGUGUGCCAUUGCAUAGAUCUUUCCGAAAUCGUUUUUUUUUCAAAAAAAAAAAUACAAUGAAGGUAAUUACUCUGUCGUUUUUCCUAGUCUCUCUAUCCAUCGCCAAUGCCGGUGUGAUUGCUUAUCCUACACACACUAUUAUAGCUGGUCCACCUGCAGCAGUUAUCGCUCCUGCACCAGCUUUAGUUCGUACCCCCAGCCUGGACAGUGCUGUUGUCCAUUCAGAAAGAGUUGGAGGUAAUUUUGCAUACAGCACAGUCGAAGGACACGCUUACACUGCACUUAAUCCAGUAAUUCAACAUGUAAACGCUCCUGUGGCCAUUACCUACAGGUCACAACCAGUAGUUGCUCCUGUGUCUGUUGUUGCAUCACAUCCUUUACUACCCGCUGCAGCUGUUUAUGCGCCGGCUAAGACUAUUUAUUACACUCAUUAAGAUAAAAUAUUAGUCAAUUUUUUAAUUUAAGUUAAAUAUUUUUUUUAUGAUGUAGUUUUAAAAUUUAUCAAUAAUCGUUUUAAAGAUUUUUGAAAUAUACAUUGUGUUCUUUUAUAUUAAAAAAAGCCUUAUUGUAUUUUAAAUAUUUUAAGAAACAAACCAUUAGAUGCAAUAAUAGUUUUCAUUGGAAUAUGUUUAAAUAUACAUUUAUCAUACUAUUUUAAUUGAAAUAUUCAUAGAUAAUAAAGCAUAGUUUCAUUUUU